AUGAGCAAACCGCAUCUUGAGGAAUGCGUCGCAGAACUUUCACGCCAGCUCCAGGGCAACGAGGAGAAGUUGGCCAUGUACGAGCGGUGUGGGCCUGCCAGCGCUCUGGCGAACGAUGACGCGCAGCCAGAGGUCUCUGGCACUGAUCAUCUGAGCAAGGAGCAGCACCUCGAGGCUGAGGUGGUAGAACUUCGCGCUGCGUUGAAGGUUGCCGAACUCGACCUGGCGAAUGCACGAGGCCAUGGGCAGCAGUUCCAAGAUAUCAGCCAGGCGAAUGAAGUGGUGCUAGCGAGCUUGAAUGCGACCUAUGAUAACUACAAGUCAUCCACGGAGUCUCAGCUCGUGAAGCACAAGUCUGACUAUAUCGCUCUGUCGGAGAACUUGCACAUCGUCCAGCAGGAGCUGACGGCGUCUCGGGAGGCGAUGGCGGAGACGAAGCGCACGUUUGACAAGGAGUGGGAGUCGUGGGCGAAUGAUAAGCGGACACUUGAGGAUACCCUCGUCGAGCUGACCAUGUCGGAGAAGCAUAUC